ACCUCGCUCACUUCUGAUUACUGCGAGUGCACCGACGAUUUCCAACCGAACGAUUCUGCAAAUUACAACACGGCCGAGAAUGGGCGCAUCACCGGGUCUUGGAUGAACGCCGCUACAGCAUCAUAGUUGUAAGAGUGUUCGAAGGGAAGGUAUUGUUCCGCUACCAUUGCGGAAGCAAGCAGAAGGUGCUCGCCUCCCCGCGACAUCUGAGCGUGGCAGCGUUGCAGCAAGAUGGACAGCACCACUCGCAUACCUGAUGAUCUCCUCGAUCCACCGCAACGUAUCUUCGAGCGUCUCCGUCACAUCGCUGGCUACACCUGGGACGAGCAAAAGGACCCGUUCCAUUCCACAUACGACUUCUGGCACAUAUUCGGGAGUCGACAUAUGUCUACUGCUUCGGCAUUUUCGACAUCGUCGCAAAAUGUCUCCAGCCCAGCAUCUGUGACGAGGCUCCCCUCUGGUGGACCGUCCCCUUCAGAACGAUCAGGUUCUUUCGAUUAUCCGACUUCGGCCGCUUCCCAAGACGCUACACCCGAUGAAAGCCCCAGCUUCAGUGGUGAUAUGUUAUCGGUCGACGAGCCAGUCGUAGCGCGGAUUUCCUACCACGGUCUCAGAGAAGAACGGGCUUUUCAGAUCACGAGAAGCUUGACGACGUCCGCCGACCCUGAAGGGAACCAUAUAGCUAAGCCUAUUGACCUCGUGCGACUCACGCCACUGCCUGGCGAUCGCGGCCCGAUUACGGUGGCCAUAUACCACUAUCUUGGCAAGGAUUACAUCUGGAAUGUGUUGGACAUGGGCCCUGCCUUUUUCAGGGCGCGCAAAUACAAUGACGCGUGGAAAGGCUACCGGAAUCCAAACUUCAAACUACAGCCGCCGAUCAGCCUGGAGCACUUUCUUGACUUUGCUAUUGGGGUCACAGAGUGUCUGGAGAUACUGCAUCAUAGGCAUGGUAUUGUGCACGGCGAGAUCCGCAGCGAUGCUUUCCAUUUCAACCUGGAAGAGAACAAGGUCAGGGUCCUGUCCUUUGGCUCGGGCAUUCGUUCGUUUGAGCACGGGUUGACUAGCAUCGGAUGGUCUACCCUUUCGCAAGAGCUUGGGGCGCGGCACAAGUUACUUUACAUCAGCCCGGAGCAGACUGGGCGGAUGCCAGCAGAACCCGAUUCCCGCACUGACAUUUACGCCAUUGGAGUUCUGUUCUGGCAGCUUCUUACCCAGAAGCCGGUUUUUGAGGGUGACACGCCGCUGGACAUUGUGCAGGGUGUGCUGGGGCGCAAGAUCCCAAGCGUUUCCGAUGUCCGCAUUGAUAUCCCCGAUGUUAUAGGGCGCAUCAUCCAGAGAUGCACAGCCAAGAACAUCUCUGAUCGGUAUAACUCAGCGAGCGGAUUACGGCACGAUUUGAUGGCAAUACAGCACCUUCUCGGCGUCGGUGAUGUUGCGGGCAUCGAGCAAUUCCAAAUUGGGAGCAAGGACGUGUCCUCCUUCUUCAUGCUACCGACUACGAUGAUUGGUCGACAAAAGGAGAAGAAUGAGGUAUUGAGGGUCAUUGAUCGUGUUGCAAAGAGCCAUGCCGUGGGGAGGAAACUUGCUACGAGCCGCUUUGCAGACGGCUCCGUUCUGUCGACAGACGGCCAAGGCGUGGACGACGUUUCUAGCGAGGGAGCAAGCUCCUUGGAUGGCGUAAAUCGUCAGAGCGGAUCGUUCACCCAGACUGUCUCCACGGAUCCUUCGAGGCAACGGACGCCACAGCAGUCUUUCCAGUCCGACGCCCACACCAUCUCGGGAGACACCGCAUCCAGCCAGUCAACAGCGCACGCCCGAGGUGUCCAACCUUUUGAGCGCCAUCAUUCCAUAUCCAUCGAGGCUCGCAGUCUUGCUGAUAGUAUUGGAACCGAUACCCGGCCUAGCAUCGGGGAGUCGUCUGUAGGUGGGCUAUCGCGUCAACUAGGAACCGCAAAGUUCAGGCGGCGCGGCCACUGCGAGGUCAUCACCAUUGAGGGUGCCGGAGGGCUGGGCAAGAGCUGCCUGGUACAGAACGUCCUGAGUCAGGCACGCCGUCGAGGGUACUGCGCUACAGCAAAGUUCGAUACCUCGAGACGUACACCUUUCGGGCCCCUGAUCAAACUCUUCUCAGCGUUGUUCAAGCAGGUUUGGGGCGAGAGAAACACGGAGACGCCCUUUCACCAGGGUUUGAAGCAGUACAUUGGACCCGUCUGGCCGUGUCUGUGGAAGACACUCGGAUUACCCGAGUUCCUCUUUGGGCCGCCGGACGCAUCAUCUGUCGUAGCUCGCUCAAUAUCCUCGUCACAGGGCUCUCUGUCCCGUAACGGCCGUGGCGCAAGGCAACGCCGUGGCUCCUCGCCGGACAGGUUGUCACCCGCGCCUCUCACGAGGAAUCCUAGCAUUGCUUCCCAAUCAACACAGGACUUCCUUCGUGCUGGCGCGGCGACGAAGAGUACCCGACUCAUGAACAUCUUCUUGGAUGUUUUGAGGGUGUUCACCGCACACAAAUUCAUAUGUUUCUGCUUGGACGAUUUGCAUUUCGCAGAUGACGAGUCACUCGAGCUGAUCAGCCAAAUUAUUGGCACCCGCAUGAGGAUGGCCAUUAUCCUGACGUACAGGCCUGACGAACUACCGGCCGAGAAGGUGCACCAAAUCCUGUACUCGUCAGAUGUGGACGAAUCUCGGCGCCAAGGGGCUGCGAACAUUACUCGCAUUUCGCUUGCCUCUCUUACUGAGGCCGACAUCGUGGAGUAUGUUUCCAAGACCCUCUGCAGGAACGAAGACGAGGUACUCCCACUGGCUCUCGUGAUACAGUCCAAGACGGCUGGCAAUCCAUUCUAUAUCCGCGAGAUGCUGAGCGCAUGCCAUCGCAAAAAGUGUAUCUGGUACGACUACAAAGACAACAUGUGGCAUUACGACCUGGACAGGCUUUUCGAACAGUUUCGAGGGGAAAAGGACUACGAUGUUCUCGACACAGGAUUCAUCACUAGUCGGCUUGACGAGCUACGCUCAGCAGCUCGCGAGCUACUGGCAUGGGCAGCAUUGCUGGGCAACACAUUCUCUUUUGAGUUGGUAUCUCGGCUAAUGAGUGGCGAGUUUCCUGUCGAGGACCCGGACAAUCCCUCUUGCUGCAGCACAGGCCGCAAGCGCAAAUAUUCGCAGCACGAAGCUAUCGCCGGGCUGCAAAGCGCCAUACAGGCAUAUAUCAUUGUGGCCACCGAACAUGAUGAUCGGUUCCGUUUUGCCCAUGAUCGAUACAUCCACGCCGCCUCCAAGCUCAAGGAAUGCAGUGCGCGGCGCAUGCACUUUAGCAUUGCCCAAACGCUGAUGAAAUACUACAUUGACGAUACGCGACUCUGGGACACCACCGCUUUCCACAUCUGCCAAGCAGUGGACAUUACCAGGGCGCAAGUGUCGAUUCGACGCCCGUUCCGCAAAGUUCUCAUCGACCGUGCUCUGGCUUCUGCCGAGAAUGGAGCCCGGCCUACGGCAUGCAGACUGUACGAAAAUGCCAUAAAGCUGCUACAAGACUCCCCAUGGGACUCGAGCCAAGAGGAUGGAUCCUACGAGGAGACUAUUCAACUGUACCUCCGCUCUGCCGAGUGCCAUAUCUUCAUGGGGCAACACCAGAGAGCACAUGAAGUGCUCGCCGUGAUCUUCAGGAAUGCAAAGACUGCCGUUGACAGGGCACCAGCAUACGUGCUUCAGUCCAGGGUCUUCUCGCAAAGCAGCAACGUUGAGGCCGCCGUUGUCGCGUUGAGGGAAUGUUUGGCGACUCUUGAUGUUGAGCUCGAUGACGAACCGACAUACGAGAAGUGCGAUGAGAAGUUUGAGAUCUUGUCGGCGAGGAUAUUAACGACGAACCGAGCCACGCUCAUGAACCUGGAUCAUGCGGAGGACUGCAAUUUGGCAUCCAUUGGUGCCGUACUCUCGGAAACAUGCAGUACUGCCUGGUGGAGUGACUGCCUCCGAUAUUACUACCUUACCAUGGUCAUGAUGGAAACACAUCUCGACAAAGGCGCGUUCCCGCAAUCGGGCAUGGCAUUCUUGCAUUUUGCUGUCAUCGCCCUCGCCCGGUGGAACCGGGCGCAGUUCGCGGUCGAUAUAGGUCGUAUCUCGCAGGAGAUAUUGCACAGGGCCAAAGACCCCUUUUCCAUUGCCAGAGGCCUCAUGCUUUACCCCUGUCUCCUGGGUCACCUGACAAACUCAAUGCCAGCCUCGCUCGUGCAGAUGGAGGAUGCUGUAGAUUUCGCUUCUGCCGCUGGGGAUCGCAUGUCAACCAUCCUCAGCUACGGUCUGCAUGCCGUCAUCAAAUUCUACUCCAGCGAGAAUUUUGCAGAGUUGGAGGCAUUCUGCCAGUACGGCUGUGAGGAUGUCGCGUCGUGGACGAACGACACGCGCGGAGGCGUCUUGCUUCUUGUCAUGCAGCAAGUCUGCCGGGCUUUGCAAGGCAAAACACAUACAGAUAACCCAUUGGAUGUACUCGGCGACGAGCAUCAUAACGUCUUGAAGUACAAGACGUGGUUGGACGCGACGGUUCAUCACAGCAACAGAUCCACUCUCUUGUACGAGAGUUUGGAGCUGGUUCCUCUCUUCCUGUUUGGCCACUAUGACCAGGCCGUUCAGGUCGGUGAGCGCUGUGUUGCCAAUCUGUCGAUGCUAUGGACGGUGCGCAAUAGCCGAUUGAUCCUGUUGUUCUACGGCUUGGCCCGUGCCGGCCAACUCUUCAACAAGAUGCAAGACCCCCGGUACCAGUCGCAAGAUCACGGUGCUGAGAUUGAGGAUGUUCUUGCAGACCUGCGGAAACUCACGCAGAUGAUCAAGGACUGGGGCGCAGUGUCUGACAUCAACUACUUUGCAUGGCAUACACUCCUCGACGCUCAAACAGUCGAGCUUGCCGGCUUUCACGGAGAAGCUGUACGACACUAUGAGGAAGCGUUGGAUCAUGCCACUGAACAUGAUUUGACCUUUGAAGAGGCACUGGGGAACUACCUCAUGGCUGGGUUCUUCGUCAGGCGCAAGGCGCGUCGUUCAGCACGUAGCGCUCUUGUCGAAGCCCUCGGUCUCUACCGAAAACUAGCUGCCACGGGCGUUGCGGCGGCUAUCGAGGAGCAGCAUUCACUGCUGCUUCACGGACCGACCCGCAAUCACAUGAUGGUCGAUGCGACCGCCCAAACAGACUUCGUUACUGAUACGGCGCCCGGUCAAUUCCGUCAAGCCAACGGGGAGAUUGGUGCUGAACUCGCACCGGCAACCUCGAACAACAAUCUCACAGAGAUCACUGGAGAGCGCGUGGCCGAUUGGGGAAGAUCCGUCAACGUACAAGCUGAAGGUGGCGCUGGACUGCCAACUCUCGACAUGAUCGACCUGCACGCUAUUCUGCACAGUUCCCAGGUUAUUUCAUCGGUGCUUCGUGUCGAUCACCUGUUGAAAACCAUGUGUGACAUUAUUCUACAAACCUGUGGCGGCUCCGCGACGCUCGCCGCCAUUGUCGUUCGGGAGCAAGUCCAUGCGCCGCACGAUCCGAGAAAGGACAAGUGGGUUAUCGCUGCCAGCGGUGACCCUGAGCAAGGUGCCUCGUCACACCAGCCAGGGCUUUCGAUGUCUGAAGAGUCACUUAUCGCCGAGAAUGUGGUGCUUUAUUGCACUCGCUUCAUGGAGGUUGUCUUCGUGUCAGAUCUUGGUAACGACGAACGGUUUGGCAACGUUAGCGAAUCGUGGCUGCAGAAGAACCCAGCCGGCAAAGCCAUCAUUGCCAUUCCUAUCACACACGGCAAAGACGAAACGGGCAAGGAUAUGCUUCACGGCGUGCUCUACCUGGAAGGCGAGUCUGGUUCCUUUACAGACCGCAAUGUCAGUGUUGUGCAACUGCUGGUGAUGCAGCUCGGCAUCAGUUAUUCCAACGCCGUCGCCAUGAUGAACAUUGAGAAGAUCUCAGCUAAGAACAAGUCCAUGGUCGAGGUGCAAAGGAAGGCCUUGGCGAAGGCCGUAGCUGCUGAGCAAAAGGCGAAGGAUGCCGAGGCUGAGGCCAAGCGUAACGUCAAGCUGGCGGAGGAGGCGGCCAAGGCAAAGUCAAUCUUCCUUGCGAAUGUGUCGCACGAGCUCCGGACUCCCCUGAAUGGUGUCAUUGGCAAUUCGGAGCUCUUGCGCGACAGCCAACUCAACAGGGAGCAAAUGGAAAUGGCCGACUCGAUCCGCGUGUCCGCCGAUCUUCUUUUGACGGUCAUCAACGACAUUCUCGACUUCUCCAAGAUGGAAGCGGACAAGAUGAAACUCUACGUCAUUGCGUUCAAUCCUGAGGAAAUGAUCAAAGAGGUCGUGCGGGCUGUUUCGUACAGCAACCGAGAGAAGACCUCGAAAAAGAAUGUGUCGAUAGUGCAGAGUGUUGAUUUGCCUUCCAUGCUCAUCUUCGGUGAUCCUAUCAGGUUGCACCAAGUGCUCGGAAACCUCAUUGGCAACAGUCUCAAGUUCACGGAGAAUGGCUCCAUCACCAUUGGCGCGAAGCUCGAUUCCGAGACGGAAGAGAGUGCCACGCUCACUUUCUGGGUUCGCGAUACGGGCAUCGGCAUUCCACCGCAGCAACUGGCGAAGCUAUUCCAGCCGUUCAGCCAAGCAGACGCCAGUACUGCCAGAAAGUAUGGCGGUAGCGGCUUGGGUCUCAGCAUCUGCAAAUCGCUCAUCCAGACCAUGAUGAGAGGUAAGAUCGAACUGGAAAGCGAGGAAAAUGUCGGCACAACGGCCUGGUUCACUGUGACGUUUGACAAGGCCAAUUCGAAUGUCUCAGCCGGCGAUGUGCAGUCCAAGUCAAGGUCCAACCAUGCCGAGCGCUCGUCAGCGGCUACGGCUGUUGAGGGUGGCCGCUCAGCCUCGCCAAACCCUUACCUCGAUCUCUCAACAAUGUCGAAAGAAGACCUUCGUAUUUGCGUCGCCGAGGACAAUCCGAUCAACCAACGCAUUGCGAUCCAGUAUACCAAGCGCCUGGGCUACACCAACAUCAUGGCUUACGAGAACGGCCUGGUUGCCGUCGAAGGGCUUCGGCAGAAAGCCAGAGAGGGCAAUCCAUACCAUGUGGUGCUGAUGGAUGUACAGAUGCCCGUGUUGGACGGAUACGAGGCAACGAGACUCAUACGCAAGGAUCCCCUGGAAGCGGUUCGCAAGGUGCUUGUCAUUGCCAUGACGGCAUCGGCAAUCCAGGGCGAUCGCGAGAAGUGCAUUGCAGCUGGUAUGAACGACUAUCUGGCCAAGCCGGUCCGGGCCGAUGUGCUCAAAAACAAACUGGACGCGUAUCUUACCAAGCAGGUGAGUAGUAUUGGAGUAGAGAGAACACUCACUGACUAGUAUCCAAGCACCCUGACAUGGAACCCGAAUCGGAGACGCCUGACAGUGCGACACCUUCGUCCCAGCCCUCGUCCCAGCCCUCGGUCGAGUUUGUCCAGCCUCCGCCUCCGGCUGAUGAGGGAAAGCCAAAUAUAACCGUUGACGACCCGAUGCGGGAUGGAGCUGUCUUCAACCAGCCAAUCGACGACUCAAGCCUGCAGGCACAAGACGCGCCCAUGCUCGAGAAGCGGCGGACCGACUCGUCAGGCCCUGAUACCAGUAAAAGCCUGGCCCCAGGGAACGCUUCGAGCAUUAGCCCCGCUGAAAGUCGUACAUCACUCGAUAGCCGCGUGUCCAGCAGCGAAGAAAUCGGCACACAGCAACAGAAGAGGCAGCC